AUGAAUGGUGCCAUUCUGUUGUGGUCCCUCUUGUUGUUUUCGGAAGUGUGCAUGACGGAUGAUCCUAGUCAUACGAGAGAUCGCAUCGAAGGAACUGAGGCCUAUCUAGUGUACAGUUUUGGAGCAAUGUUGGUAUGGGUUCUCGGAGCCGGUCUGCAUUUGUUGGAUCAUUUGUAUGUGCACCAAAUUGUGGCUCGGUGGAGUAGUCAACAACAACAACAACAAGAAAAAGAAAAAGAACGACAAGAAACGAAACACUCUGCACCAGAAGAGCAAAGACUGCUCGACGACUCCUGUAUUGGAUACAAUACCGACCAUAAUGAACCCAAAAAGGACGCCACCACCAAUGGGGAAGAAAGUACUACUGCUCAAAGAACGACUGUUCAGAGGACAAAAUGGAUUGACUUUUGCGCCGUCCUGUUUGAGUUCGUUCUGUCCGUAAACUUUUUGGACUACUCCAGACGAGCUCUUAGCAGCUGGAACAAUACGCCGGACUAUGAUGUGGCGGACGAGUUCAUUGACAUUAUGAUCAAUAUUGGGGCCUUUUCUUAUCAAGUAGUCCGGUUGUGGAAGAUUCGAGCAGCAGACAUUGCAAGAGAGUUGGCAGAAAUUCAAAAGGCAAAAGGACAUACAGAUGACGAUGAUGAUGAUGCUGACGAUACGACAGUAUUUGAAGGGUCACCAUGA